UUUCAUGGUAAGUAAUUCUUCUUCUUCUUCUUCUUCUCUCCUAGUAUUAAAUGCACACCCAUACGCCAUUACUCAUUCUUCGGUUCAAUCUCUCUUUUUCCGCUGACAAAAUUUGAGUCCUUUAAAAUGCCACCACUACUGUGAAGGUUUGAACUAACAAACAAAAGAACGAUACUCUCUUGUUGUACGAGUGUGCAAGAAGAUCCACUAUUUCAAAUUUGCUCAGUGAAGCCUGAAUUGAAACCAUCAUCAUCGUCAAAUUGGAGAGGCACAAAGAGAAAAGCAUGUCGUCGCUGAUGAGAAAAAGACUAGCUUGCUGCACAAAGGAAGCCAAAAUCAGCAUUGAUUUUGAUGAGCCAGAAAGGAUUAUGACAUAUAAUGGCCUUGAUAAUUGCAUUCCGGAUAAUCGAUCCUACGGAGAUGAAAGCAGAACUAGCAGAGGAGAUGGAUGUAUAACUGAUUCAUUCAAUGAUGAUGAUGACUCCAGCUCUUCAUCCAGCAAAGAUGCUUUUGGAUCAUUCUCAUCAAAAUGUUUUGCAAUGAAAAGAGAUGAACAAGAAUUGGAAGAGUGGGAAAUCGCAGAAAGUCCUCAACAUUUCUAUGUUAAAGAUAAGUCCGCUUUUGACGUGGCCAAUUGUUCAGAUGUAGAAGCCAUGAAAGAAAAGUUUGCAAAGCUGCUUCUAGGAGGUGAUGUUACAGGAGGAGCUAAAGGCCUCAACACAGCUUUGGCACUGUCUACUGCCAUCACAAACCUUGCAGUCACAGUUUUUGGUGAGUUGUGGAAGUUGGAACCUCUAUCUGAAGAGAGGAAGAGCAAAUGGCGACGAGAAAUGGGCUGGUUGUUGUCUCCUACCAAUUAUAUGGUUCAGUUAGUUCCCGCUAAGCAAAAUGGUGCCAACGGUGGAAUCUUUGAGAUAAUGACCCCAAAAGCUCGUGCAGACAUCCAAAUGAAUCUUCCAGCACUUCAGAAGUUGGACUCUAUGCUUAUUGAGGCACUAGACUCAAUGGUGCAAACUGAGUUUUGGUAUGCAGAGGAAGGAAGCCGGUCAGCAGGGAGGAACACAAGCGGACGGCAAAGCAGAAGAUGGUGGCUUCCAUCGCCCCGAGUACCAAGAAUGGGGCUAUCUGACAUUGAAAGAAAGAGGCUGCUUAAUCAGGGAAGGGUAGUACAGCAGAUAUUCAAGGCUGCCAAAGCUAUCAAUGAUAGUAUGUUGCUUGAAAUGCCCAUGCCAACAAUAAUUAAGGAUGCACUUCUGAAGUCUGGGAAGGCAAGCCUUGGAGAGGAACUGCACAAGGUUUUGAUGGCUGAAUCGAGUUCUGGAGAAGAAAUGCUUAAAGCUCUCAAUUUGAGUUCUGAACAUACUGCCCUAGAGACCAUUAAUAGAUUGGAAGCUGCUACAUUUUCAUGGAAAGAGAGAAUUAUACAAGAAAAUAGUGGAAAAUCCCCCGUUCGAACCUCGUGGUCUUUCAUGAAGGACCCUAUGGCAGGUAUAGAUAAGAUGGAACUAUUGUUGGAACGUGCAGAAACGCUUCUAAGUAUGCUUAAAGCAAGAUAUCCAAACCUUCCCCAAACAUUUCUGGAUGCUGCGAAAGUUCAAUUUGGCAAGGAUAUUGGGCAUUCCAUUUUAGAAGCAUACUCAAGAGUUCUUGGAAGUUUAGCCUUCAGCAUACUGUCUAGAAUAGCAGAUAUAUUGCAAGAGGAUUCUUUAAGCAAUCCCAAUACACCAAUUUCAGCAAGUUGCUCUCCUGGGAUAAAUCUUUAUGAAGCUUGGGUGGUUGGUUCGCGUGUCAGGCACUCGUUAAUCGAUAAGAUGAACAAGGUAGAUGGACAAUAUUGUGCUUCUAGUUGUGGCAGUACUUCUGACAUAGAAUUCUCAUCUACUCAUGCCAAUGCUAGUAACUCUGUACCCGCCAUGCCAAGCCGUGGUCGAUUGUGGUGCAUUGGUAGAGGCUAGUAAGAGUGUAUAUCCUCAAAAUUCCUCACAGUGGCUUUGAGUAGUUGGCUUUUGUAAAUGAUAAGUAUUGUUAGUGUUACCAUAUUAGCAGUAUGAAUAGAAGAAGCAAACUGACAGGUUUGCCUUACAGAUUUUGGGUGCUUUUGUUCCCUAGGAAUUUUGUGUCUUGUGCACAACAAUUCCAGUCGUAGAUUCUGAAUAUUGUAUAUCCUAGUUUCUUAAUGGCUAAGCUAACAAUUUGAAUAUUUAAAGAGGAAUGUUGGCAUACCUUUUCAUUUCAACAAACUAUUGUUGAUAAAAAAAAAUUGGACUCAACAAAA